AUGUUCAUAUUUCAUAUAUUGAUAGAAUGUUAACAUUAUCUAUGUUAAAAUUGUUUCAAAUAGAUAUUAACCAAUACUAUUUAAUCUAAGAAAUCCAAAUUUUAAAUUAAAUGUCCAAUUGAUUCAUGCAAAUAGCAAAUAGAUUUAAAAGAGUUAUUAAAAUAUUUAACAUUGCCAAAUAAAUGUAAACUUUGUAAUUUAGAAUAAUCAUAUACAUGUGGAUAAUGUGUAAUAAAAGAAAUAGAAGAAAUUGCAAAAAUUAAUUAUUAUUCAAAAUUGCUAAAAUUUGAAACUCUUAUAAAUUUGGAAACAUAAAAGGAAUUAAAUGAAGAAAUCUCAAAACUAGAAUUAAUAUGUCCAAUUUGCAGAGAGUUUAAUUAAAUUCCAAUUAUUGUUUGUAUUUAAGGUCAUGAAAUUUGCAAAGAUUGUUAUUAUAAUAUUAGAAAUAUAGAAGAUGUUAAAAAGGCAUGUCCUAUUUGUAAAUAAGAAUUAUUAUCAGCACCUCCAAAUAGUUUGAGAGCAUAAGUUUUAAUAAAAAAUUUAAGUAUAAAAUGUCCAAAUAAUAAUUGCAAAUAAAUAGUCAAAUAUCCAGAUUUUGUUUAAAAUCAUUAUAGAAAUUGUAUUAGAUUUAUUUUUAUUAUUACAUUAGGUUGUGAAUAAAAAAUAGAAUGUUUGGAUUGCCAUGAAAAAGUUGAACAAUUAUUUCAAGAUAUUCAUUAAUCAAAUUAUUGCAUUGGAAGUAUAUGUCCAUUUAAUUGCACACGAAAAUUAGGAGUACUAAAUUGCAUUAAGACAAGGAUCAUUAAAAUAAUUUUAUUAUGGAACAUAUAAUGUCAACUAUGAGAUAAAGUGAUGUUGCACAUUCAUUUUAAGUUAGAAUGCAAAUUUUUGAGAAAUACUUAUUUAGAGGUUCAUUUGGCAAUUGUUCUUAGUGUGAAUUUUAGUAUGCUUGGUAAGUAGAUGUUAGAGGUAAUUAAUCGACAUUUUGUUUUUAUUGUUUUCGAUUUACAGGAUGA